UGGCAAAGACGUUCAACAGAAUUGUCAUCCAGCAGAUAAGUCUUUCUAGGUUCCGAUAUUAUUUUAUUAUGUUCUGAACACCAGAUGGCUGCAUUCGCCCCGAUGCCUUACAGUUCCCCGAUGCCUUACAGCCAACCGUUGCCUUAUGCAGCCCCACCACCAUCCUACGCACCUUCGCCUUACGCUGCCCAAUCCGCGUACGGAGAUUCUCAAUCCGCUCCGAUCCCGUUGGCUCCGUUGGUCGUACCGGGCGCUCUUGAAGAUGCUUCCGCCGGAGGAGGUGGCGGAGGGGGUGGUGGUAUGGUCACCAAAUUCUUGGCGCUGCCACUGAUCGUCGUGCUCCCCAUUUUGAUUCCCAUCAUCGUGAUAGUUGUUGUUGUGGCAGGCGGCGGAGGCGGUGGAGGUGGAGGUAAUAAAAAUCCAGCGCUUGGUCUUCCGGUGGUACCAGGGAAAAAUGAAAAUUACGAGUCAACUCCUUACUACGACGACAACAGCUAUGGGAACGACUAUCAAGACAACAACAACAAUUACAACUCCAACAGACCUCAUCAAGGCAACAACAACCGCCACCGUCGUCAAGCGGAGAAGAGCAAGAACAUUCCGGCUGCUUCCUCGGCUCUUCCAUCGAUGAGCGUCGCCCAAGUCGAGCGGUUGACCCAGGUCGUCUACGCCGCAUUGAAUUCGCAGGAAUGCAUCCAGCGUCUUCUCUGUGAAGUCGGAUCCCUGUCCCGUUCCUUCUCCGACUCAACUCGUACGGUUACCAAAGCUGUGGAGGAAUACGUUCCAGAGAAGCUCAAAGAUUCUUACAACAUCUUUGCUAAAGCAGAAAAAUGCGACCAGUAUAAAUGUGGAUCCCUCAAAGUCAAGAACUAAUUGCACAUUUAUUUACUUUUGCCUUUUUUUUAUAUUUAACUCUUUCUUACUCAAAUUUUGACGAGACUUGAUAAAUAAUUUAAUUUAUAAUGAUUGACACUGUUUUACGAAAAAGGUAAAAUGCUGAUGUGUAC